AAAAGGAGAAAAAAAAAGGAAGGAAGCAGCAGCAGCAAAGCGCCAGCACUGACCUCACGUGAACUUAAAAUGUCGUUUACAACUUCACAGGCAGUUCAGAAGUAAAGAGAGAGGUAGUAGCCGUUUCCCUUCAGCUCGGGUCAGUCAGCGGAAACAAGGAAGUGAGCAGCUGACUGACUUCCAGUUCUCUGCUGCCGCUGGGCAAGAACAAUGGUAUGCAGAUGUUGGCUGUGAGGUUUCCUGUGUCAAGAAGACGCUUCUACGCUGGGACAUGACUCUCUACCUCAGUCCACGUGGAGUCCACGCCAUCUUUUCUACCUCUUAGGACAGCUGCUGUUGUUUUUUUUUGUUUUUUUUCCUGUUUUCUUCUUUCUUUCCUACCUCAGCACAUACUUUAUCAAACUUGUUAUCAGCCAACAGACUUUCGUUUAUGACCAGGCCUUCAAGUUUUAGUCACCCAGUCACGGUCUAUCACAGUUGACUGGUUUUGUUCUUGCUUAGUAGCCACCUUGAUCACAGCCUACCCCCUUCGACGGCAGGAGCAACCUGAAGGAGCCAUGUCACAUUGGAGUGUGUGAUGUUGGAGCCCUGCGUAGGAGCAGCAAGAAAAAAACAGGGUUGGAGCUGCAGAGACAUUCCUCAGUUUGUGGUUGGCUAUGAAAAUUAUCAACGUGACAUGGGCCAAAUGGACGCAGGCAUGAAGAACGAGAUGUUUCGAGAAGAGGAAAUGGACGAUGAUGAUGAGUCGCCCUCAGAGCGACAGAUUGUGGUCGGCAUAUGCGCGAUGACAAAGAAAUCCAAAUCCAAGCCCAUGACUCAGAUCUUGGAGCGCCUUUGUAAGUUUGACUACAUUGAUGUGGUCAUCUUUCCUGAGGAGGUCAUCCUGGAGGAGCCUGUGGAGAAAUGGCCCCUCUGUGAUUGCCUCAUCUCCUUCCACUCCAAAGGUUUCCCUCUGGACAAAGCAGUGGAAUAUGCCAAACUCAGGAAUCCACUGCUCAUCAAUGAUCUCAACAUGCAGUAUUUCAUUCAGGAUAGGAGGGAAGUGUAUCGGAUCCUGCAGGAGGAGGGCAUCGACCUGCCUCGUUACGCUGUGCUGAACCGAGACCCUGACAAUCCUGAAGAGUGUAACCUGGUGGAGGGGGAGGACCAAGUUGAGGUGAAUGGGGAGGUGUUCCACAAACCCUUUGUGGAGAAACCAGUGUGCGCAGAGGACCACAACGUCUACAUCUAUUACCCAACAUCUGCCGGAGGAGGAAGCCAAAGACUCUUCAGAAAGAUAGGGAGCCGUAGUAGUGUGUACUCCCCAGAAAGCAGUGUACGAAAGACUGGCUCUUAUAUCUACGAGGAGUUCAUGCCGACAGAUGGCACUGAUGUAAAGGUUUAUACAGUGGGCCCGGACUAUGCUCACGCUGAGGCCAGGAAGUCUCCAGCACUGGAUGGGAAGGUAGAGAGGGACAGCGAGGGGAAGGAGAUCCGCUACCCAGUCAUGCUGACCGCCAUGGAGAAACUGGUGGCCCGCAAGGUCUGCCUGGCAUUCAAGCAAACAGUGUGUGGGUUCGACCUGCUCAGAGCCAAUGGCCAUUCGUUUGUCUGUGACGUUAACGGCUUCAGCUUUGUCAAAAACUCCAUGAAAUACUACGACGACUGUGCCAAAGUCCUGGGGAAUAUGGUAAUGAGGGAGUUAGCCCCCCAGCUCCACAUCCCCUGGUCCAUCCCCAUGGAGGCUGAAGACAUCCCCAUCGUCCCAACAACCUCAGGAACCAUGAUGGAGCUGCGCUGUGUUAUCGCCAUUAUCCGACACGGAGACCGCACCCCAAAGCAAAAGAUGAAAAUGGAAGUCCGCCAUCCUCUAUUCUUUGAACUGUUUGAAAAGUACGGAGGAUAUAAAACAGGAAAGCUAAAACUCAAAAAACCAAAGCAGCUGCAGGAAGUGCUGGACAUCGCUCGCCUGCUCCUGGUCGAACUGGGUCAGCAUACUGACUGUGAGAUUGAGGAGAAGAAGUCCAAACUGGAGCAGCUUAAGACUGUUCUGGAAAUGUAUGGUCAUUUCUCAGGUAUCAACAGGAAAGUCCAGCUCACCUACCUGCGGAAUGGCAAACCUAAAGCAUCCAGUGAGGAAGAAGAUUCUAAGAAGGAUGGCCCAUCUCUGCUGCUGGUGUUGAAGUGGGGUGGGGAGCUGACGCCUGCAGGCCGGGUUCAGGCUGAGGAGCUGGGCAGGGCUUUUCGCUGCAUGUACCCCGGAGGUCAAGCCGGUAAUCGCCGGUCCCUUGGCUGCGAUUCCCCUAUUGACUUUGGUGACUAUGCCGGGUUUCCUGGCUGUGGCCUCCUGCGCCUGCACAGCACUUACCGCCAUGACCUGAAGAUCUACGCCUCUGACGAAGGAAGGGUGCAGAUGACUGCUGCUGCUUUUGCCAAGGGUCUUCUGGCUCUAGAAGGGGAGCUCACGCCCAUCCUGGUUCAAAUGGUAAAGAGUGCCAACAUGAACGGACUGCUGGACAGUGACAGCGAUUCUCUGACUGACUGCCAGCAGAAAGUGAAAGCCAGGCUGCACGAGAUCAUGCAAAAGGACCAGGACUUUACAGAGCAGGACUACCAAAAGUUGGCUCCGACUGGCAGUCCGUCACUGGUGAACUCCAUGAAGGUCAUAGAGAAUCCAGUCAAAACCUGUGACAAGGUGUAUGCCCUCAUCCAGAGCCUUACAUCGCAGAUCCGAAAGAGACUAGAGGACCCCAAGUCUGCAGACCUACAGCUUUACCACAGCGAGACGUUGGAGUUGAUGCUACAGCGCUGGUCUAAGCUGGAGAGAGACUUCCGCAUGAAGAAUGGGCGCUACGACAUCAGCAAGAUCCCAGAUAUCUACGACUGCAUCAAAUAUGACCUUCAGCAUAAUGCCUCUCUUGACCUGGAGGACACGCGGGAACUUUUCAGACUGUCCCGUGCUCUGGCUGAUAUAGUCAUACCACAGGAGUAUGGCAUCAACAGAGCAGAGAAAUUGGACAUCGCCCAGGCUUAUUGUGUUCCCCUGAUGAAGAAAAUCCAACUGGACCUGCAAAGGACCCAUGAGGACGAGGCUGUCAACAAGUUGCAUCCUCUGUAUUCUCGGGGUGUCAUGUCUCCUGGGCGUCACGUCCGCACACGCCUCUACUUCACGAGUGAGAGCCACGUUCACUCCCUGCUCAGCAUCUUCCGCUACGGAGGCCUGCUGAAUGAGGAGAAGGACCAGCAGUGGAAGCAAGCAAUGGACUACCUGAGUGCUGUGACUGAACUCAACUAUAUGACACAGAUAGUCAUCAUGCUGUACGAAGACAACAACAAGGACCCCUCCUCAGAGGAGCGCUUCCAUGUGGAGCUUCACUUCAGUCCAGGAGUAAAAGGAUGUGAAGAUGAAGAGACUAUUCCUCUUGGAUUCGGCUUCCGGCCGGCCUCCUCAGAGAAUGAAGACAAGAAGCCUAAUCAGGGCAGUCUGGAGGACCUUUCUCAGGAUGAGCCGGACCAGGCACUUCAAGUCUCUGAUCCAAUCAACAUUCAGCGAAGGUCUCCCAUGAUUCGGAACCGCAAGACUGGCUCCAUGGAGGUCCUCUCUGAAACCUCCCCCACUCAUUCCGCCAAAGGCUGCACCUCCCAUCGACUCUUCAUAUCCUGCUCACGCCAGUCUCCUGAGAUCAAACCAGCCAGUGGCUUAGGCUCGCUCUGCUCUGGCCUCUUCAGUGCCUCAGCCCUCGGGGUGUCCUGUAGCGCCCCCAACCUUCGGGACUACGUCCGCACACACCACCGUCACCACCACCCGAAGCCUCCUCUGUCCCCCGGCAGUUUGCCGUGCAAGAGUGGCAUGUUUGAGCUGUUGUCUAUGCCGGCAGUAAAGAGAUUUUCUGUGUCGUAUGCCAGGCAUCCGACUAAUGGCUUUGAAGGAUGCUCCAUGGUGCCUUCCAUCUACCCGCUGGAGACGCUGCACAACUCACUUUCCCUGAAGCAGGUGGACGAGUUUCUCAACUCGGUGUGUGAGAGCAACAGUGAGGUCCAGGCCAAAACCAUGAAAGCGCUCUCUGGCUUGUUUGCCUCUCAGAGCCAGAUUUCUCUCUAUAGCCCGCAGCAGCCUCUUUCCUCCUCUGGAUCUGAAGCAUCUCUUCGACCGCCUGGCCAGCCUUUGUGGCAUGGCAGCAUCCCCUCCAGUGCUGUAUCCAGUGCGGGCCCCUCAUCCCCGAUUACAGAGUCUUCUGGUCUGAACUUCAGCUUCAGUGAGUAGGUCGUCUGUUUGGAGAACCACAAGGACCUCUGGGAAUCGGAGGCCACGGUGUAACGACUUCACUUCCUGCGCUGUUAUUCAGCCUUCUGCUCAUAUUCACGAUGUCAGACGCGAUAUGAUCAAACAAACUGUGCACAGCGAUUCUCCUGCUGCACCCCCGCUGCACCACCACUGACUGCACUAUCCUCACCACGCCUGCUCUUCUCCAUAAAGAGGAAAUAAAGAAAAAUACGUGGGACCUCUCAUCGCCUCGAUCCACCUCCUCAGAUCACUCACACUUUCCUGAACCGUCCAUUGUGCCAACAUUCAGACCAUUUGUGCCUUUAGUUUAAUUUGGAUCAGAGCAGUGCUUGCUAUUUGCUCUGGAGAUGGUUUUUCCCCCUCACACAUCAGCAGUCUGUUUUUCUCACCUGAACUGCCGACAUUUCAGGUUCAAAUGCGUCACGGACUUUAAGUCUGUGGUGGAUUUCAUCCAAAGAUCAGCACGCCUGCUUUCUAACCAAGAAUUACAUUAUCAAUACUGCUCUCAUAUCUAGCUGUUAGCUCAGCUUGGCAAAUAGACUGGGAAUGGGGAAACAGCCUGUUUUAAAGAUGGCAGAACAGUAGUAGUCUUUUCUUUUUAUAAAUUCUAUGUUUUAUCUUUUUUCUUUUUUUAAUAAUAGGUAAAUUGAACAUUAAGUGUUAGUUUUUCAAGCAGUUUUACCUUAGACAAGGCCACUGUUAGCUGUUUCCAUUCCUUAAAAAGGCUGAACUACCUGCUGGAUUUGAGAGUUAAUCAUGUUAUUUAAGGCUUCAGUCAUACAGACUUGGAGACCAGUUAGUGAGCACUGACGUAAAACGUCCUCAUGAUUCCUUUUUAUCAGAUUUGCCACAGUCACGUGUAGUUUGCAUGGAAGAUGCCAGUCUGUCUGUAAACACCUCCGUCAAUAACUCAAAACCAAACAGGAUGCUCAAACUGAUACCAGAGGUUCAUCUACUAAAAAUGUCGGACAAGUUUGAAUCUAAGAGGUGUGAAAAUCGAGUCUGGUUUCCUUCGCACUUUUCACAGUUUCACUGCUGCUUGGUGACUGUUUGUUGACAGGUGUGCAGACAACAGAUGGGAUCUGCAACAGCCACCAACCAAUCGCCAACUGGAUUUUGGAUACAUAUUUUUCCCUAGUUGUCGCCGACCCGUCUCUAAGCCUGUUAUGACUGAAGUCUAUCCUGUUGCAAGAAAAGAAGGAAGGGUAAUUUAACCAAAAAUGUCAAAAUGUUCCUAUAUCUGUUUCACACAUCAAACGUCUGGAUUACAAAAUCAGGUCUCCCGCAGACUGAAAACCAUCAUGUAAAGCUUGUAACACUGUAACCAAAGCAACCACAGCCCAAAUACUCUCUAAUGUAACAUACAAAGCAUCUGCAGAGAUGCAAGUUUGCAGUGUGCCUGAUAAAUUAUUGCUCACAUGAUUUGUUUUACUUCAUGCAUUAAACAAAAAAAGAGUAGUAUAUUUUAUAAUUUUUCACUCAUGCCAGCCUGAUCAAGCUGUUUAGCUCUGUGUUCUUCAGCUGUUAAGUAGGAACAAAGACGCAUCUGUAAAUGUGCCUUCAGAUAAUAAUGUGAUAUUAAAUCCAAAUGUUAGGAACCUGCUGUAUUCUUUUACUGAGAUGUUUUAGAGUUACAGGGAUAAGCCACUUGAUUAAGUCAGUAGUAUAGUUGUGUCUGCAGUCUGUCACCAUAUAUUGAGAUGUGUUUUUAAUGUCAAAUGACUGUUUCUCAUCUCAUUAAUCAUGCUCAGGUAAAGCAGUAUAAUCCAAAGGUUGCAACUGGUUCAUCAGUUUGUGACUGAACUGUUGGACGGUCAGUUCACUUUCAAUUCAGAAAAUAAUUACAGUUAAUUGAAAUUCCAAAAUAUAUGUUAUUACUUUGACAAAAGCCUGUAAACAAAAUGAAAAGCUGAAUCUGAUUGUGGGCAUUGUGGUCAGUCGGCAUUGUCAGCUUUAACAAAGUAUAAACAGCAGGGGGGGAGUCCCUCUUUUCAUUACAAAGCGGUUCAAUUGAAAAAAAACCCUGACCUUCGAAACUUGAAACUUCUGCUGUUGAAUGAAUUUCUGAAUUUUAGCCAUCUUGUAAAAGAGUUCUAGAUUUUUGAUUUUUGAAGGCUAAUAACCUGUUUUUAUCGUAAUUGUGAGUUGAUGUUGGUGUAGUUGUGUAUUUAUGUGGUUAUUUAAUGUCAGCCAAAGAGAGGUGCGUGUGUGUGCGCGCUCUGUUUAACGAGGUUUAAAGGUGUAAGAUGUCUGUGAUGCCCUGUCUUCUGUGGUUCAGGUCAGGCUGUGACAUCGGGGAAAGGAGAGGGGCAAUAAUAAAAAGAGAAAAUAAAGACUGAAA